AUGGCCGCGGUCAGCGCCAAUCCCAUCAGCACAAGUUGCCAAAGCAUCGUUUCGGCUAGCGGCCCGAGUGCAGGUAGUUUGGGUACGGUUGUCAUUGGCGGCGCAACACCGGGCCAACGCUCGACAACACACUAUGUCAAUGGCACUGGAAGUUUGGGCCGUCUCAAGUACCAUCACAAACAUAAGAGUCUGGAUGCAAGCGAUGAGGAGCUCGAUUAUUCUCAGUUGUCCCAGUCUACACAUAUCAUUGGACGAGUCAGGUCGGAACGUUUCCUCGCUUCGAAGCCCGAUGAAGAUCGUCGUAGGCGUACUAUCAUAAUUGAAAAGAAGGACGACUCGUACGGUUUCACACUGCAGAGUUAUGGUAUACACUAUAAAAAAGAUCAGGAAGUUGAGAUGAUCACCUACGUCGAUUACGUGGAAUAUGAUGGGCCGGCAUAUAAAGCAGGCAUGCGUGAAGGCGAUGUUAUACUCUCCAUUAAUGGCACUGACAUGGAAAAAGCUGAUCAUAAGACAAUUGUGGAUUUUAUAAAAAGCUCUGAUACGCGCAUGCGUAUGGUGGUACUUUUUGAAGAUUGUGUGCGAAAGGUCGACCUUCAUAUGCGCUACAUACAUUUGCAAAACCUUCUACAUAGCAAAAUGAAUGAAUUGGAACGUAUUUGCCUUCGUGAACGCGAACUACUUGAGGGCAAAUGGAAGACACAUAGUUUGCCCGCACGCAAAAAAGCCACCACAUCACCCACGGACGCUGAAAGCGGCAUUUCGCCUACAGAUGGAGAAACGCAAAAUUUGCCAUACUAUCGACCGGCACUUUCCACCGAAGAUGUUCCUAGCAUGGCCAGGCUUCAGUCGCAACAAGCUAUUAUACCGCCGCCUGCACAAUUUAUGCUUACCUACCAUUAUUUAGAUCCGACUUAUCGCUAUGUAAUGAAGCCAUCUAUUUCCAAUAGCAGCGGGGAGUAUAUUGUUGGCUCUACGAGUGGCCCUGACGGCAUACAACGUAGCCCAAGUGAGCAACAUUUUAUUUUGCGGCACACAGAAUCGUUUGAUAAGGCAACGGGUAUGGCGAAUCUUUCUCAUCGAAGUGGUUUAAGCCAGCAAAGGAACGGUGCUGGAUCUCAAGCACCUAUACCCCCACCAAGAACUUGCGAAAAGCACAAACAACCAAACAAACAGCACUCAGUGGAUCAGCAACAGUAUCAACAACAGCAACAACAACAACAGCCAUAUCAAUUAAAAUCAACAAGUACCACACAGAAGCCACACAAGUCUGGCAAACAUUGCUAUGGGCAUUCCUGCAAUCCUUGCAUUGGCCAUUUUAAAUGGAAGUCGGCAGAAAAGGCAGCCGCUACAGCGAGCGCUGCAGUGAGCGGUGCGGGUGGCGCUGGUGUCGCCAGUGGUAAUGGUAAUAAUGGCAAUUUUGACAAUGUCAGCUUAGAUGCAUACGACUUGGCUAGUCCUUGCUGUGACGCACAUUGUGUGCCAACGCGUCGCCGAACCCGUCACAAAGAACACACGCACAAGCAUAAACAUCGUGAUCGUGAACGUGAUUCAAAAGAUCGUCAGCAGAGGCCCAAAUCACAGACAUCGCACACCUCUCCCGGUACCACGAGGCAUCAUAUGCAUCAUCAUCACCAUCACACAACACAAGAUAUGUUGCAACAGCAGCAGCAGCAGCAGCAGCAACAGCAACAGCAACAGCAGCUGCCACAUCAUCAUCACCAUCAUUUACCGCCACAACAGCAGCAGCAGCAGCAGCAACAAACUCACGGUGCUUGUGAUUCACAUAAUGGCAGUAUACGUUCGCGUUAUUUCGAUUUGACAACAGGUCUAAUGAGCCAUUGUAGCUUACACUCGUGCACCUCUAGUGAGUUUCCGCCAGCUGAUUCUACUUCUUACACUACAUCGCUUAGUACGGACACUUUGUAUUGGGAUCCAAACAGCGAGCACACUGCAUCUCGCCAGCAUUCCACCAAAUCCCGACAGUCUUAUCAACCACAAACGCAACAACAUGCACAACAAUCACAAAGGCCGCAACAUCAACAGCAUUCACAUCAUCAACAACAGCCGGCAGCGCAUGUGCACGGCGUCUAUCAGCAACGAUAUCAUAUAACCGCUACACAGGUUCAACCUUCACAGAUUUAUCCACAAGCAAGUUACGUGCAAAAACCGAAAUCCUGGGAUAAUCUAACAACGAAAGCAGUGAGCGGUUAUGGUUUUGGGUAUGGCUACUUGGAUACGGUAACUGUGAAACCGACAAUGAAAUUGCAAAUCGCGCAACAACGCCAUUCCAUACCACGCAAGAAUCCUUACGGCCGAUAUUCAACUUACACUGAUGUAGAAAAUUAUGCGCCACCACCUUCACAGUUUGUUGAAGAACUGAUUACUACCACAACAACAACGAAAAUUAUGGCUAAAUCAACGGAGGAGUUGAUUGCAGCUCCUGUACAACAGACACCAUGCGAUUGUAUGACGAAACAGCAGCAACAGGCGCUCAAAGCAGCCCAAUAUCAAUUGAAUCAGGCAGCAAAGGUAUCGCAUCACAAUAGUUGUCAAAUGGGAUACUAUUCACAUCUGCCGCGACCAACUCAAGAUGCAGGCACUUCGACUGUGCAGACUACGACAACUGGUGCAUCGGGAGAUGUUGCGACAGUAUCCGAAGUGACAAGAUUGUAGGCAACGCUCGUUUAGGCCAAUAAACUAGGAAAGCGACAAUUGGUCUAAAUGAUAAUGGAAAAUGUUGGUGAAAAAUAGCCAAGAGAGAAUACAAAAAUGAAAUGGUAUACUGGUUAUGCAAGUAUGUGUAAACAUACAAAUAUACAGGUCAUUAACGCACACACCCUUUGUUAGAAGUGUCGUCAUGCUUCUAUUCCAAUUUGUUGUACGAGUGAGUUAACGUUGCGCUACAAGUGAAGUGUUCCACAAUUUUACCACUCGACCGAACGGUGAGAGGUUU